AUGUCAUUCUACAAUCGACUUCGCACAGGUUUCAACCGCGCCUUCUCAGGUGGUAACCUGGAGGUCAACCGAUUUGGCCUAUACCUGCUCUUUCCUAUUGGUUUCAUGUACUACUUUGGCAUAGGUCUCGAGGAAGACAUCGAGCGCGCAUACCAGGCACACAUCGAGCACGAGCAGGAAAUGCGAGAGCGGGAAGAGACAAGAGACGAGCGGAGAGCAAAGACACUACAGAUGAUUGCAGACAUGCGGGAACGAACCCGGAAAGAGACUGCGCAGAAGAAACUGAUGGAGCAGGUCAAGAUGGCGCAGGAGGGGCAGAGCGAGUAGGAGGUUCUCGCAAGGCAGUAGGCGAUUGCCACACGGUUAUAUAUAUGAGUUUUGAGAAUAUUUGUACAGCAAGAUAACUUCACUUUCUCCCAUCUCAGUACUUUUUUUGUAUACAUUACGUCUGGUUAUGCGCAGGUACUUGCCAGGUCUUUCGAUCUUGGUCGUUGGUAUCGAGAGCACGUUGUGAUUUCAGUGCUCAUACACAUCAGUAUAUACAACGAUACUAACUGGCCUGGAAGACCAAACUUCUCACAUUACGGAU